AUGGUGAGCAGCUGUGACCGCUUCUACAAGGUCAAGUCCGGAGACACGUGCGACGCCAUCGCCUCCUCGAACGGCGUCACGGUGCAGCAGAUUACGACCUGGAACCCGGCAGUCAAGUCCGACUGCACUGCGCUGUGGCCCGACUACUACAUAUGCAUCUCUAUCGUCGGACACACACCCACGACGCCGGGCAACGGCGUCCAGACGCCCACGCCCAUCCAAAGCGGCAUGACCACCUCCUGUAAGACCUUCCACUUCGUCACCUCCGACCAGACCUGCGACGUCAUAACCGCGAGUUACGGCAUCACCAUGGCCAACUUUGUUCGUUGGAACCCCGCUGUUAAGAGCGAUUGCACUUGA